AUGGCCAAUUCUACCGGUCAAUUCAAUCAACUGGGGAACCAAUUAAUAUUUAAAUUACCCACCAAUUUGUGAGUUUUUGAAUUUUGUCAUCAAAUUGUAUUACAUGACAUUUGAUGACACCUAACUUAUCGUUAUUGUAGAGUGAAUGUCAAUCCAAUGAUCCUGAUUCCACAGCAGCCUAUCUACAUGCCUUGCAAUCUUUCGUAUUUCCCUCAGAACCUCUUUAUGCAGAUUCAGCAAAAUAAUUUUAUGCCCAUGGUUCAGCCGCAGAUCCAGCCACCCAUGUUUAAUUUAACCCAAUCCAAGCUCCAGAACGAGAUCAUUACCCUGCCCAUUAACGAUCUGGCCACUCCCAUUCCCCAAUUACCCAUCGAACAUUUCGAGGUGAGUUCUUUUUAUCCAUGCGUCUUUUCAGUGUUGUUUUACAUUUAUCUGUUCUUUUUUCCCUCUAUUCUCGUUUUCCAAAAUAUUUGAAUGGCGUUCUUCUGGCCGUUUCGUAAUACUUUGCCUUGUUUUAUUUAUCCGAACAACAAAAAUGCCUCUGAGAAUGGAAACUUUAGAGUAGGAAUUGGUAUAAUAUAUAAAGGUGGUCAUAUAAGAUCUCGGAAUUUUUUUUUCCCAAAUCGCGAUUUUUGGUGCACAAAAAAGUCGACGCCCAAAUCGAAAAAUUGGCGUCGACUUAUUUUUUUCUCGGCACCGAAUUCUGAAAUUCGGUAAAAUUUUCUAAGUUUUUCGAAAUCAGUGCACAAAGUCUUAAGUCUGCACCGAAGACUUAAGUGCUUAAGUCAGCACCGCAUUUCGGAAUUCGGUGCUGAAAAAAUUAAGUCGACGCCAAUUUUUCGAUUUGGGCGUCGACUUUUUUGUGCACCGAAAAUCGCGAUUUGGGGAAAAAAAUCCGAGAUCUUAUAUGACCACCUUUAUAUGUAGCAUGCCCGAAUCCCCACAACAUUUCUUGCUUCAAAUGCCAGUGGAUGGGAAUGUUGGAUUACCAUCAGACCAUCAUCACAUCCUAUCACAAGUCCCUAAUCUCUUUGUUUAGGCAAGGUUUUCGCCUCAGGGGAUUAGGGGGUUGUGGAUUAUACUUGAUUUAACUUUUUUUACUUAAAUGUUAUGCAAAUUAGGUAUGUGUUUGUGGGAAAUCAGCCAUUAGGAGGGAUCGAGUUUGAUCUAAGACAACAUCCGAUGCCAUUCCCCCGCUUUUUUGCCGCGAAUUUCAUUUUUGAAUGGCCACUGUGACGCCGCCCAAAGACGCCGUCGUCUCUCAGAAAUCGCCCUUUGUGUCUAUGGCCAUGUCGCAAUCAUAAAAGUGACAGGUAGACCGAGAGGGGGAUUGAAAAUGUUUAUACUAAAAUAUGAGAACAAUAUUAAUGCCCAAAAUAACAUUCCGUUCUUUGUCAUUACUCUUAUCUUCUUGAACUGUUAUUUAGUUGUUUUUUUUGGGUCAACAAAAAGCAAUUGCUCUCCAAAUUUCCCCAACCUUCUCAGGGCAUCCCUCUUUCACCGCAGGCCAUGCCAUCUAGAAAGGGUUUCCUUAGAUCUUUUUAUAAUCCCAUAGUUAGGGCCGAAAUGCAACUCACCUUUUUUCUUUUUUUAAAAAGAUGUAAAUUAAUUAAAACCCCCAAGCCAAAGUACAAAAAACAUUUCCCCCAGCUGUUUUUGAAUUAAUAGUUAAUUAUCAGUUAUUUACUUGUCUCGAAAUAACACAUAACUCUGUGUUUGUUUUUUUGUUUAUAUUUUUUCUCACAUGCCCCCAGGUUUCGAAAUCUUCUUCCUUAAACUCGAGUAUCAUUCAAAAUUACGUAACGAUGACUUACUUAUUUCGAAAUCGGAUGCUUUAUUUUAAAAAAAAUUGCUGCGUAUUUGAUUGUACAUUCUCUUGGGCAAUUUAUUCCACAUUUUCUGGCAUCAAGAGCCGUUCUUUCGGUGGUUUGAAGAUUGGGUGGAUGUGUUUGCGGAGGUCAUUUGCCAUUUAAAAACGGGGAUAUAUUAGGCGUCCUUUUUGUCCUUCUUUUUUUAUUUCCAAUUUUUAUUUUUUCUGUGUCGGUCUAAUAAAGCUGAAUUUUUCGUUUUAGGACUCAGAUUUAACCCCGCCAAUCUUGGAAAGAGAGCAUCCAAUCUUCGACGAUCAACUUCCCCUUUUACCAGACACUUCAGAACUUCUGGACACUGAAUUAGAACCCCCAAAAUUAGAGCCGGUCAAUUACUUAGAGCCCAUUUCUCUGAAACCGGGAACAUCUCAGCCUUCCAACAUUCCUGUCGUUCUUGAACCCGUGCUGGACACUCCUUUGUUGAAGCCCCAACCUCUUGAAUCGGAGAUUUUCCCAAGUCGCCUAUUGCCUCAGGCGUAUUGUCCUGAGAAGUCUGACGAUUUUGCGGAGAUUCUAAAACCAGAAUCCGAUCAGGCAGUAUUGAUGGAAAUAAGGAUGGACAAUCAGGAAAACGCACCAGAAUUAUCACGAGAAGAUUCCUUAAUGGAAAUGCCCAUCCUCGAAGACGCCAGUAACACGUCUUCAUCUCGUGACUUCAACGAAAUGUCUCUAGAGAAAGAUGUGGCAUUAUCUCCAUCUACAGUGGAACUCGAUGCUGAUGCUUCAUCAUCGACCAUCACUUCAGAAUUUACAGAAAUCCCAACGCUUUGUGACGUCACCAAAGAGAACAAGGAAAUCGAAAUGAGUAAUAUCACAACAGUUGAGAAAUUGAAUGAGUCGUCUUCAAGUGGCGUAAGUAGUGCGGACUCAUCUCUCUGGAACGAUUCGGCCACCUCAACCGGGAUGAUGCCUGAAGUGAAGCCCCUCACUUCUGUCCACAAUAUUGCCGAGAAUGUGAGCCAAAGAAGGCAAAGGAAUGGAGUCUCCAAGAAGAAGGGAAGAGCCACUCAAAUCAGAAAACGCAGACAGAUCCCCUCCUUUAGCUCCAAUUGGAGACCUCUCGAUGAAGGGUACUUAUGUGAUCUGAGGCUGCCCACGGAACUACAGUCCAAAAAACGGAUUUGUUAUACGGCCAUCAGACACAUGAAGGAGCGCGAUGAAGUCAUCAGAAUCCGGGAUUGUGUCCGAGUCUGUUCUUCGGAAGGCUUGGAAAAUAUUGGAAAGAUCUUCCGACUGUUCUUUGAUGAGGAUUCGGGUAAUAUUUGCGCUGAAGUGAUGUGGUAUUACACCCAGUCUCAGAUCCCCGAGGAUAUUUCCGUAAUGGAAAACGAACUAUUGGCCUCUAAACAUAUAGAUGUGAUCAAUGUGGACAGUAUUGAAGAGCAUGCCUUUGUUCUUUCGUAUAGCGAGUACUGCCGGUAAGACAUGUUUGCACAACUGGGCUUUCGUUGUGACGUCAAUCGUAUCACGGUUGUUUUGUUUACGUCACUUACGAUGACUUUUUUAGAUUCAUCGCCGAAACCAGAAUCGAUGAAAUGCCACCAUCCCGACGCCCUUUGGAGAGUCGCGAAAUCUGGCCUCGAGGAGAAGAAGAAUACCAAAGGAGGAUCAGAUUACCGCAUGAGGAUACGCCCAUGGACCUGGUAGGUGUUUACAAACACAAGUUGGCUUUAAAUUAUAUGAUAUUGGCUGUGAAUCAGCAUCCUUGUUAAUUUAACUAUUUUUAGAUUUAUUUCUGCCGGAACGUAUACAGUCUGAAAACGAGAAAGUUGUGUUUCUCCAUACUCUCUCGUCGUUCGUCUCUGAAAACAAACCGACGUCUCAGUAAGGGUCAUCGCUAG